GUUGCAUUAAUAUAAAAAAAAAGUUGACAGCGCAACAAUCAUGCAGUGAAGCUCAACACUAAACCCAAGCAAGGGAUGAGAAGAGAAGAGAGGAAACGACACAAUCACACAAUCCUGAAGAUGGGUGAGAUGGCAGAUCCAAUCCAGUUCAAAGAAGAGGGGAACAAGCAUUUCCAAGCCGGUGAGGUGGAUAAGGCCAUCGAGUGUUACACUAAAGCCAUCAAGUUGUCCACGGACAAAAAGGUUCUCGCCGUUGUCUACAGGAACAGAUCAGCCUGUUUCCUGAAAAAGGAAAGCUACACCAAUGCAGCCUCCGAUGCCUCCAAAGCCAUUGACGUAGAUGCAGCAGACAUCAAAGCCCUGUUCCGGCGCUGCCAGGCUCUGGAGAAGCUGGGCAAGUUGGACAUGGCCUUCAAAGACGUCCAGAGGUGUUCCACCAUCGAGCCCAAAAACAAGACCUUCCUGGAGACCCUCAGGAGGCUGGGGGCUGAGAUCCAAGCCAAGCUGAAGACAACCUUCUCCACAGACUCACGGGUUCAGAACAUGUUUGACAUUCUGCUUGAUGAGGAGAUGGACAAGGACAAGAAGGAGAAGGCUGCUAACAACCUGGUGGUUCUGGCCAGAGAAGAAGCUGGCGCAGAGAGAAUCUUCCAGAACAACGGAGUGCCUCUGCUGCUGGAUUUGCUUGAGACCGGAAAAGUAGAGAUGGUCCUGGCCGCUAUCCGCACCUUCGCAGGAAUGUGCACUGGACACAAAGCUCGGGCCAUGGCCAUUAUCCACCUGGUGGGCAUAGACAAGUUGUGCAGCAUCAUGGCCGUCGACAACGAGGACAUCGCCUUGGCAACCUGUGACCUGUUCCAGUGCAUCAACGACUCCCUCACUGGAGGAGACCGGAGGAUUUAUGGGAAGGAGGAAGCCCUGAUUUUGGAUGCAAGCAAGGACUUGAAAAGCAUCCUGAUGGCCCUGCUGGAGAUGGUUGCCAGUAAGAAGGUUUCAGGACACGGCAGAGACCAGGCCCUGAACCUGCUGAGCAGGAACGUGCCUCGCAAGGACAAGAAAGACCCUGACCACUCCAAGAGCCUCUUUACUAUCGACCACGGUCUGAAGAAGAUCCUAAAGGUGUGUGGCCAGAUACCUGACCUCCCAGACCAGCUGCCCAUGACAGAGAACACUCAGCUCAUCGCCAGCGUGCUGCUCGACAAGCUCUGGGACGACUUGCGCUGCGACCCCGAGAGAGACAACUAUAGGGAAGUCUGUGACGAGUACAUCAAAGGCAAGUUUGACCCCAAUGAUAUGGACAGGAACAUCCACGCCAUCAAUGCUCUGUCAGGACUGCUGCAGGGCCCCUUCGAGGUGGGCAACCAGCUGGUGGGUCGCCAGGGCAUCAUGGAGAUGAUGGUGGCGCUGUGCGGCUCCGAGCGUGAGGUGGACCAGAUGGUUGCCGUGGAAGCACUGAUCCACUCCUCGACCAAGAUGAGCCGCGCCUCUUUCAUCAUCACCAACGGCGUGUCGCUGCUCAAAGACAUCUACAAGAAGACGAAGAACGAUAAGAUCAAAAUCCGUGCGCUGGUGGGUCUGUGUAAGCUGGGCUCAGCAGGUGGAGAUGACUAUAGUAUGAGGCAGUUUGCUGAAGGCUCCACUGAGAAACUGGCCAAGCAAUGUAGGAAGUGGUUGUGUAACUCUGCCAUGGACACGAGGACCAGGAAGUGGGCUAUAGAAGGUCUGGCCUACUUGACCCAAGACGCUGACGUAAAGGAUGACUUUGUUGAGGACGAGCCUGCCAUGAAAGCCAUGUUUGACCUGGCCAAGUCUAAAGAUAAGACCAUCCUGUAUGCUGUGGCCUGUACCCUGGUCAACUGCACCAACAGCUAUGAGAAGAAAGACAUCAUGCCUGAGCUGGUUCAGCUGGCCAAGUUCUCCAAGCAGCACGUCCCCGAGCAGCACCCCAAGGACAAGAAAGAUUUCAUCCAGAAGAGAGUGAAGAGGAUGCUAAAGGGAGGAGUCAUCUCAGCUCUCACUGUCAUGGUGAAAGCAGACAACCUUCUCCUGACUGACCAGACCAAAGAGAUGCUGGCAAGGGUGUUCCUUGCCUUGGCAGAUGAUCCCAAAGACCGUGGCACUAUUUGCGCCCAUGGAGGGGGCAAGGCUUUGAUCCCAUUGGCUCUGGAGGGAUCAGCUAUAGGGAAAAUAAGGGCCGCCCACGCCCUGGCCAAGAUCGCUGCUGUCUCCAACCCAGAGAUCGCUUUCCCCGGAGAGAGGAUCUAUGAGGUGGUGCGUCCUCUGGUCAGCCUGUUGCACCCUGAGAGAGAUGGGGUGCAGAACUACGAGGCACUUCUGAGUCUCACCAACUUGGCUGGUCUCAACGACAAACUGAGAGUGAAGAUCCUGAAAGAGAAGGCUCUCCCUGAGAUUGAGCAGUACAUGUUUGAAGACCAUGACCAUAUCAGACAGGCAGCCACAGAGUGCAUGUGCAACCUGGUGACGUGCAAAGAGGUGCAGGAUCGGUACCUGGAGGAUGGGAAUGAUAGGCUGAAGCUGCUGGUGCUGAUGUGUGUUGAGGACAAUGAAAAGCUCCAGAGAGCUGCAGCCGGAGGCCUGGCCAUGCUCACCGCUGCCCAGAAGAAGUUGUGCACCAAGAUGACCCUGGUGACAUUGCAGUGGAUGGAGAUCCUUCAGAGGCUGAUUCUCCAUGAUCAGCCCCAGAUCCAGCACAGAGGCCUUGUGAUCGUGUACAACAUGCUGAACUCGGAAGACAACGAGCUGGCCAAGAAGCUGAUGGAGAGUGAGAUCCUGGAGAUCCUGACAGUAAUUGGCAAAGCAAUGGACAACCCCAAGAGGCAGAUUGUAAUCGAUGUGGCACGCACCUGCCUGGUCAAGGCCAUGGACCUCGGCCUCAUCAAACCCUUCACAACCCCUUCUUAAAGCAUUGUUUCUCAACCUUUUUGUAGUACCAGGGACUGGCAUGCAAUGGUCCUACUCCCUCAAAGGCGCAACCCAAGUUAUUUUGUCCCUUGUGGCAAUGAGAGGAAAUACAAAGCCAAUCAACCAGAAACAAAUCACACACACAUACAGAAAUAAGAACAUGUAUGCCAAUUCUGUUCUAGUCCAAUGAGUGCAUGUUUCCCCUCUUAUUUGGCGGGUACACUUGCAGAUGCCCAUACCCCCUCACUACCCUAAGUCCUCCCAAAAUGUCAGGCUGACACUUGUCACAGGACAUUGAAUUUACAGAUUGUACCUUUAAAUGAAAACUACAACUUGAGAGCUAAUUACAGUAACUUGCUUAUGGACUGAUGAGAUACAUCCCACAGAUCAAGGUCCAGAGAUUUAAGGUUGAGACACUCUUAAGUGUAGGCCUAUGGACAGAGAGCCAAGGAGAUAGGACUGAUGAUCCACCUGAGCAGCUAAAGCUGGGUCUGCUCUCCUGAAUUCAGAGACCAUACAAAUACAUUUUCUGAGUUUUUAGUAAGCUAAGCAAAGUGUAUUUGUGUGGAUGAGAGGUGUUUGUUUAAUGUAAUUUUACACUUAAGGAUAAAGAUUUGAUUUUUUGUCAAA